GAGAUACUAAAACUACGUGUCAUUUCUCUCUCCUUCAUCCUAAAAUGUAGUUUUUCUUCUCCUCCACUCGAUCAUCAUCUACCACCAAUCUUAUUGCCUUCAUUACUGCUCCAAAGUCUCCACCAUGUCUUGAAUCUCCACAUAUUUCACCACCACCUAAUCCUCCUCUAUCUCAACUCCACCUUCGAUAAAAAAAGCACCUGCUCCAGAGUCCCUCUCCUUGAACCUUUGCAUGGACCUUCGACACUAGUAUCACAAGUUUUUCUUCCCCCUACUUGCCACUCACCAUUUCAAGCAAAGACCAGUAAGUAACUAAUUUGGCUUUCCCUUUAUUUCUUUCAUCCAUUAUCUGUGGCCAGCCUUGUGAGGGUCUAAUUGGUGGAAAACCUGAUGAUGCUACAGUAGUUGCUAACAAAUGUGUGGAGCCCUCACUAUUAUUGUUGCUCUAACAUUGACAAUGAAAAUUGACGUCCAAUACACCCUCCGUUGUUGUUGUUGGAAACUUGCAUACAUCUUCAUACUUGAAUAGAUCUAAGUUGAAGAACUGCAAAACAACCUUAUCUACUACUCAGUCUAAUUUCAUAGAAACGGUUUCCUUUCCUAACCCUAAAUCUCAAAUUGACAAACCACACUACAAAAGGCUUAUGCAAUUUAUGCCAGGUGGAUGGCAGGAAAGGGAGGGAAGGGUGAAACAAUAUCGUUGAACGAGAUGGUAGAUAUUAGGGAGUGGAAAAAAAGGGUGAAACGAGGUUGUUGAGAAGAGGCGGUGAGUUGAAUAACUAUGGUAGUUGUCAGUGAAGAAAAAUGGCGAAACGACAGUCAUUUUAAUAAACAUGUUAUUUUUUAUCAGCAAAAGUUAAUAUUAAUAUGAUAAUGAGUUAAAUUAAAGUGUUUGAUAUUUAACAAAAUUAAUAACUAACAAAUCAAUUUAAAAAUUUUGUGAUUAAUUUAUUUAUCACUCAAUUUCAAUGAUUAAUUUAAGAAUUUAUUCAAUUUAAAUUUUUUUUUCUCAACCUCUAAAACUCACUGUUUGCAAUGAGCCAUGGGUUAAUUAACUUAUUUUGUUAGCCUUAAUAUAUUACUUUUUGCUCAUCUUGUUUUACUCUUUGCACCUCUUAAAUAUAUUAAUAUUAUAAAAUUACAAAUUAUAAUGAAAAAAUAUUAUUUUUUAAUAUUUUUACAUGCAUUCAAAUAAACAUUAAUUUACAAAAAUUUAAAACUUUCUCCUUUGGUUAAAUGUGCCUAAAAAAAUAUAUGUAUAAUUAAUUUCAACCAGUAAUAUUGUCUCGUAACACGAACUCCAAUAGAUAACCCUUAAGCAAAUAUUAACAGUGUUUUGCAGUAAAGGUUUAAAAUCUUUUUAAAAAAGUUAUAAAAAUAUAAUAAAUAUAUUUUUCCUAUAAUUUAUAAUGCAAUUUAAUAUCAUUUUCAUUAACAGUGACCGUUAUGAAAUAUCGAAACCCGUGCUUUGUUUGUUUAUGUCUAUUUCCUCACCUGGCUCUUCUUCACACGGUUUCAUUUCCUUAACCUCAUCCACAUUCCCCAUAGUUCCAUCGCAUGGAAGCGCCACUUACUUGCACCUGCCACGUGGUGGCCAUGCCUUACCCUGCUCGCGGCCACAUUAACCCCAUGAUGAACCUCUGCAAGCUGUUGCUCUCCAACAACAACUGUGUCCAAGUAACCUUUGUCGUCACCGAAGAAUGGCUCGGCUUAAUCGGCUCAGAUCCGAAACCCGACAACAUGAGGCUGCGCUCAAUUCCCAAUGUCGUCCCGUCCGAACAUACUCGCGGAAACGACCACAUCGGCUUCAUAAAAGCUGUCAUGACCAAGAUGGAAGCGCCCUUUGAGCAGCUACUCGACCGGCUUGAACCGCCGCCUACAAUAAUCAUAUUUGAUACAUUCUUAUAUUGGGGGGUCGCGGUUGGAAAGCGACGGAAUAUUUCAGUGGCAUCACUUUGGACCAUGUCGGCGUCUAUGUUCUCUGUGCUCCACCAUCAUCACCUUUUGGAACAAAAUGGGCAUUAUCCUGUGAACUUGUCAGAAAACGGCGACAAACGUGUGGACUAUAUUCCUGGAAUCUCAUCAAUGCGCCUGGCGGAUUUCCCUUUAAACGACGCUAGUUCCAGCUCCAAAGAAAUGUCGCAACUGUGCUUGAAAGCCUUCGCAUGGGUUCCCAAAGCACAAUUUCUUCUAUUCACUUCCAUUUAUGAGCUCGAGCCUCAAGCCAUUGAUGCUCUAAAAUCCAAGUUAUCUUUGCCCAUUUACACUAUUGGCCCUGUCGUACCAUAUUUUAACGUUCAAGACAAUCCAACAUCGAUCACCAACGGGGCUAGCCAUAGUUACUUUGAGUGGCUAAAUGCACAACCCGUUGGUUCUGUUCUCUACAUCUCACAAGGGAGUUUUUUCUCGGUUUCAAGAGCUCAAACUGAUGAGAUAGCAAUUGCUUUGAAAGAAAGUGGUGUGAGAUUCUUAUGGGUAGCCCGUAGUGAGGCUUCAAGGUUGCAAGAAAUUUGUGGGAACAUGGGAAUAGUUUUGACAUGGUGUGACCAAUUGAAAGUUUUAUGUCACCCUGCUAUUGGAGGCUUUUGGUCUCAUUGUGGGUGGAAUUCUACAAAAGAAGGUGUUUUUGCUGGAGUUCCUUUUCUGACCUUCCCAAUAAUUAUGGACCAACCACUAGAUAGUAAGAUGAUAGUAGAGGAUUGGAAGGUUGGGUGGAGGGUGAAGGAAGACAUUCAAGCAAAUACUUUGGUUAAGAAAGAUGAAAUUGUGAGGCUAAUGGAGAAAUUUAUGGAUUUGGACAGUAAUCUCACAAGGGAAAUGAGGGAAAUGUCCAAAACGCUUCAGCAGAUAUGUCGUCGUGCACUUUCAAAAGAGGGUUCAGCUUUAACUGAUUUGAACGCCUUUAUUAGGGAUAUAAUGCAAGUCUAGCAUGUUAAAUUUAAGUUGUUUCUUCAUUUUUAUAAGUUACUAUUUUAUCAAGAGAUUUUUUUUUUUAUUUCUUUAUGGACGAUUAGUGCUCAUUUGAUUUCAAGUUGAACAAAAUUCAUUUUGAUAUGUAUAUAUUGAUUUUAAAUUGUUGAAUAAAAUUAAAAAGUAUAUCUAAAUUAAU